CGGUCGGUGGGGAGUGUGGUCCCUGAAUAUCGCUCAGAGUGAGCCCUCUGUGUGUUUAUGCUCUCUGUGUCCUGACGUGGCGCCCGGCCGCCGCCAUGUUGUUUUGCUUCGUUGUCAGUGCGGAGCAGCGGAGCGGCGAUUGUACCUGACAGUGUGUCCGACCCUCCUGUGUUACCAUGGCGACCUUCCCAGAGUACAUCGCGCAGAACGAGGAGCGUGACGGCGUGCGGUUCAGCUGGAACGUCUGGCCCUCCAGUCGUUUGGAGGCGACCCGGAUGGUGGUGCCUGUGUCAGCUCUGCUCACUCCACUGAAGGAGAGGCCGGACCUGCCCCCGAUCCAGUACGAACCGGUUCUCUGCAGCCGCGCCACCUGCCGCUCCGUGCUCAACCCCCUCUGCCAGGUGGACUACAGAGCCAAACUGUGGGCCUGUAACUUCUGCUACCAGAGAAACCAGUUUCCUCCGUCCUAUGCUGGGAUCUCUGAGGUGAACCAACCUGCUGAGCUGCUGCCUCAGUUCUCCACCAUUGAGUACGUGGUCCAGAGGGGUCCUCAGAUGCCGCUCGUCUUCCUCUAUGUGGUGGACACCUGUAUGGAGGACGAGGACCUGCAGGCUCUGAAGGAGUCUCUGCAGAUGUCCCUGUCUCUGCUGCCUCCCACUGCGCUGGUCGGACUCAUCACCUUCGGACGCAUGGUCCAGGUCCACGAACUCGGCUGUGAGGGGAUCUCUAAGAGCUACGUCUUCAGGGGAACCAAGGACCUGAACGCCAAGCAGCUGCAGGAGAUGCUGGGUCUGACCAAACCUUCAGCCUCCCAGGGACGAGGGCCUCAAACUGCCCAACAGCCUCUGUCCAACAGGUUCCUGCAGCCGGUGCAGAAGAUUGACAUGAACCUGACCGACCUGUUGGGGGAGCUGCAGCGUGACCCCUGGCCCGUCACUCAGGGGAAGAGGCCUCUGCGCUCGCUGGGCGUCGCUAUGUCCAUCGCCGUUGGGCUGCUGGAGUGCACCUUCCCCAACACCGGCGCUCGGAUCAUGACGUUCAUCGGCGGCCCGGCCACGCAGGGUCCCGGCAUGGUGGUGGGAGACGAACUGAAGACGCCCAUUAGGUCCUGGCACGACAUCGAGAAGGACAACGCCAAGUUCAUGAAGAAAGCCACCAAGCACUACGAGUCUCUGGCUAACAGAGCAUCCACCAACGGUCACAUCAUCGACAUCUACGCCUGCGCCCUGGAUCAGACCGGGCUGCUGGAGAUGAAGUGCUGUGCCAACUACACCGGAGGCUACAUGGUGAUGGCGGACUCCUUCAACACGUCUCUGUUUAAACAAACCUUCCAGAGAGUUUUCACCAAAGACGUCCAGGGCUCUUUUAAGAUGGCCUUUGCCGCCACGCUGGAGGUCAAGACAUCCAGAGAGAUCAAAGUUUCUGGUGCGAUCGGCCCCUGUGUGUCUCUGAGCGCUAAAGGACCCUGUGUUUCUGAGAAUGAGAUCGGCACCGGAGGAACGUGUCAGUGGAAAGUCUGCGGUUUGGAUCCGAGCACCACGCUGGCUCUUUACUUCGAGGUCGUCAACCAGCACAACGCUCCGAUCCCUCAGGGCGGCCGUGGAGCGAUCCAGUUCGUGACUCAGUACCAGCACUCGUCAGGACAGAGACGGAUCAGAGUCACCACCACUGCCAGGAACUGGGCAGAUGCUCAGACUCAGAUUCAGAGCAUUGCGGCAUCCUUCGAUCAGGAGGCGGCCGCCAUCCUGAUGGCGAGGCUGGCGGUGUACCGUGCAGAGACGGAGGAGGGGCCAGAUGUCCUCAGAUGGUUGGACAGACAGCUCAUCAGACUGUGUCAGAAGUUUGGAGAUUAUCACAAAGACGACCCAAACUCCUUCAGGUUCUCAGAGACCUUCUCCCUCUACCCUCAGUUCAUGUUCCACCUGCGACGCUCGCCGUUCCUGCAGGUGUUCAACAACAGUCCGGAUGAAAGUUCAUAUUACAGACAUCAGUUCAACAGACAGGACCUGACUCAAGCUCUCAUCAUGAUCCAACCUGUGCUGUACGCCUACUCAUUCAACGGCCCGCCAGAGCCCGUCCUGUUGGACAGCAGCAGCAUCCUGCCAGACCGAAUCCUCCUGAUGGACACGUUUUUCCAGAUCCUCAUUUACCACGGAGAGACCGUGGCUCAGUGGAGGAAGGCCGGGUACCAGGACAUGCCCGAGUACGAAAACUUCAGACACCUGCUUCAGGCUCCGGUCGACGACGCCCAGGAGCUGCUGCACGCUCGCUUCCCCAUGCCGAGAUACAUCGACACGGAGCACGGUGGCAGCCAGGCUCGUUUCCUGCUCUCCAAAGUGAACCCCUCCCAGACCCACAACAACAUGUACGCCUGGGGACAGGAGUCUGGAGCUCCCAUCCUGACAGAUGACGUCAGCCUGCAGGUGUUCAUGGAUCACCUGAAGAAACUUGCUGUCUCCAGUGCCGCCUGACCUCACCUGUCCACACCUCACCUGCCUGCACUGUUUAUUUUGCAUUUGCUGCCUGAGUUACCUGUCACUCACCUGUUAACAGCCAAUCAGCAGCAGGCUGAGGUUCAGUGACAGCCCAUAGUGACAUUAGCUGUAAACCCUGAGGUCAGACUGCUGAGUCACUGUCCAGCUCACACAGUACGAGGAGGAGUCACAGUUUCUGUGAUUCUACCUGCGAUGAAAAGUCUGAAGUGGACAAAGCUUCAUUUAAAGGAGCAGAGCAGCAUUUUCCCAUGAUUCAGCCUGUCACAUGUCAUCUUACUGUCACUGCAUCCCCACAGCUUCAGACCGAUCCAAAUAAAGUUAGAGAACCAUUAUCAGUCGACAGGCGGCGUCCAUGUGAUUUAUCUGUGUAAACAGUGUCAGCACCGCUGAGGGUGAAGCGUUCUGAUCGGUGACGAUGAUCAAAGAUCAAAGCUCUGUUUUCUGGCUCAGCUGAUCCGUUACUUUAAACUUUAACUUUCAUUUCCACACUGCAGACUUUUAAACUGCUGACUCGGUCCUUUAAGAAGUUCUGUUAAAUAAUCUGAGACAUCAGGUGUGUUCCUGUUUGUCACCAGCAGGUGUCAGGCUUCACACAGGUUUAUGUUUAACGUGACUUCUUCCACUCUCUGAUGUUUCUGUUAGUUUUCAUCCAGCAGCUGAAUUUCAGAGAGUUCAGUCUACGUCUCCGUCUCUGUCUCUGCGUAUGUGAUCUGUCCGUCACUGACGUGAGAUCAGACUGUCUCUGCUGAGUGACAGCUGUAGGAAAAUCAACGAGCGAAAGAGCCGGAGUCUGGUGGAAACUUCUCGUGUUGAUCAUCAUGAACCCUGUGAACGCUUCGUCAUUCUCACUCGGUGUUUCAGUGUCUUGUGCUUCGAUGCAGCAGCUGCUUGAUGUAAAAGCUUUGAGGUUGUGAUCAGGUUUUUUAAAGGUUUCUAACAGGUGAUGAUUUUCUGAUGUUCAGCAGCGAUAAUUGAUGAUUUUCAGUGUGAGGAGAAGUUUGUCCUCUUGCUUCAGUCUCUGACCUGUGGACGACUGUCGGGGUUUGUUUGUUUGUUUGCUGAGUUUCUCGAACACUAAAAGUCCUGCAGAAGAAAAGAGUGUGUUUUUCAUGGCGUUCUGUUUUUCUGCUCGUGUUUCUGAUAAAACUGUGCUGGAACGUU